AUAGGAAGUGUCGAUCAGUAGUAGGGGCUUAACGCAACCAAAUAGUGUCUGGUUGUUAUACAUCAGAGGCUUGAGAUCAUUUUGUCGUUAAACUCAGAUGUUUUGCAAUACUUAGAGGUACUCGACAACUAAUUUGUAUAACGAGGAGUUCCGUCUCGUGCAGAUAUUGCGCUGUUUGGUUGGUCUUUUUUGUGGCCAUGUAACACUAGCUUGUUAGCUAGCUAACGUUAAACGUCAGUUCAGCCAGUUACUCUGUUAGCGUAGCGUUGCAUUGGAAUUUAUCAGGUUGUUUGACAGCUACAGUAGUUAAAAUUAACUAAGUUGUUCUACAGAGAGAAUAUGUUUUGGUUUUAGUGGCUCUGUGUGUGCGUUUAAUUCUGCUACGUAUCAUAGUGUGACUCAACUGUAACUGAAUGAUUGGUGAUAGAAAUAGCAGCGACUACAGCUAGCAUAUUGUUAGCUUGUCAACAAUGGGCUGUAAGAGGUAUUUAAAAACGGCACGAACGUUUUAUUUUUUGACCAUUCUGCUGGUAGUCUUCGUCAAAGGAAUAACAGCUGAUGAAGAACAACAAGGGAAUGAUGGACCAGAGCUAAAGUCUUACCAUGAUCCGGAGUCUGAAGAAGAAGAUGUCCGUCUGGCCUCAGGAAUUGUGGCUGGUUCUUCUGUGACUUCUGGUCGUGACGUCUCCCAGCCAGAAGAGGAAAACCCGACACCUGGGGAUGGACCAGAGGGGGAAGAUACGGAAGACCUGCCUGAGCAGCCUCUUCCAGUUGAAGAGAAACCUAAGGAAGUUCCUGUGGUAAAUGGAGGUACAGCCCAUGGAGAGCCGUGCGUCUUCCCAUUCCUCUUCCAGGGAAAGGAGUACUUUGAUUGCACCACUGAUGGACGGGUGGAUGGACGGCUGUGGUGCGCCACAAUCUACGACUAUGACCAGGAGAAGAAGUGGGGUUUCUGUGAGACGGAAGAGCAGGCACAGCAAAGACUGCAGGCAGAGGAGGCUGAGGAGCAGUAUCAGACUGUCCUGCGCAUGCUCAAUGCCACCACCAGGAAGACCCAGAAGAAAGAAUUAUAUGAAAAGCUGCUGAAAGUAGCAGAGAAAGGCCACCAGAAAGCCAUGGAUAAAGUGGCGCACGCCAUGCUGUUUGGAGACUACAUAAACCAGAACAUCACCAAGGCCAAAGAAAUGUUUGAGAAGCUCGCCAUUGAGGGCUCUCCAAGAGCUCAGACGGCUCUUGGCUUUCUGUAUGCAGCAGGACUGGGAGUUAACUCGAGUCAGGCUAAGGCCUUGGUUUACUACACCUUUGGCGCACUGGGUGGAAACUUGGUAGCUCAUAUGAUCCUGGGUUACAGAUACUGGGGAGGUGUGGGUGUUCCCCAGAGCUGUGAGUCGGCAUUAACACACUACAGGCUUGUGGCAAAUCAGGUGGCCAGUGAUGUGUCCCUGACGGGGGGCUCAGCAGUGCAGAGGAUCAGGCUUCUGGAUGAGGUGGAGAACCCGGGAUCUACCAGUGGGAUGCUGGAGGAGGAUUUGAUCCAGUACUAUCAGUUUCUAGCUGAAAAAGGAGAUGUACAAGCCCAGGUGGGAUUAGGUCAGCUACACCUGCAUGGAGGACGUGGAGUAGAACAGAAUCAUCAGAGGGCGUAUGACUACUUCACCCAGGCUGCAAAUGCAGGGAACACACACGCUAUGGCUUUCCUCGGCAAGAUGUACUCAGAAGGCAGCGAGUUUCUCCCUCAGAACAACGAGACUGCUCUGCAUUACUUUAAGAAGGCCUCCGACUUGGGUAAUCCAGUGGGACAGAGUGGCCUGGGCAUGGCCUACCUAUAUGGAAGAGGUGUCCCAGUGAACUAUGAGCUGGCACUGAAAUACUUCCAGAAGGCAGCAGAGCAGGGCUGGGUGGACGGACAACUCCAGCUGGGCACCAUGUAUUACAAUGGCAUUGGUGUGAAGCGUGAUUACAAGCAGGCACUUAAAUUCUUCAACCUGGCCUCGCAGGCUGGCCACAUCCUGGCUUUCUACAACCUGGCCCAGAUGCAUGCUACUGGUACAGGUGUGAUGCGCUCCUGCCACACUGCUGUGGAGCUUUUCAAGAACGUGUGUGAACGCGGCCGCUGGUCAGAGCGUCUCAUGACGGCCUACGGCAGCUUUAAGGAGGGUGAGACGGACGCUGCGCUGGUCCAGUAUCUGCUCCUGGCUGAGCAGGGUUACGAGGUGGCCCAGAGCAACGUGGCCUUCAUUCUGGACCAGACAGAAGGAGCAAGGAUCUUCAGUGAGAAUGAGACCUACCCUCGUGCUUUGCUCCACUGGACCAGAGCUGCAGCACAAGGUUACACUGUAGCGAGGAUAAAACUGGGGGAUUACCACUUCUACGGCUACGGGACAGAUGUGGACUACGAGACAGCUGUCAUCCACUACAGACUGGCAUCGGAGCAGCAGCACAGCGCCCAAGCCAUGUUUAACCUGGGCUACAUGCAUGAGAAGGGUCUGGGCAUCAAGCAGGACAUCCACUUAGCCAAGCGUUUCUAUGACAUGGCCGCCGAAGCCAGUCCUGACGCCCAGGUCCCAGUUUUCCUGGCCCUGUGCAAGCUGGGUCUGAUUUACACUUUGCAGUACCUGCAGGAUCUUAAUUUGAAGGAGCUGAUUUCUCAGGUGGACCUGGACCAACUUCUGGGCCCAGAGUGGGACCUCUACCUCAUGACUGUUAUCGCCCUGCUGUUAGGUACAGUCAUUGCCUACAGGCAACGCCAACACCAAAUCCUGGUUCCCCCUCGCCUGCCCGCCCCUGCCCCAGCACCCCCUCCUCGACCACCCCAGGAACAGUUGCAAGCCCAGGCUGAACACCAGGGUCAGGGAGAAACACAUGCCCAGGGCCCAGCCCGGGAGGAAGAGGAGCAGCAGCAGUGAGAGGAAGCCAGAUGGAGGGAGGGCAGUAAAAGACAGACAAGGUGCUCUGCCGGGCUGAACUGUGGAGCAGCUGGGGCUCACUAGCUGAAUACCUGCUAGUCUGAGUACCUCUACCCUCCACAUGCUUGAAGAGCAGCUGACCUCUACAGUCUCACAAUUCCCUUUCUCCAUUUCAACUAUGCUGGUCCUGUGCCGUGGAAAGGCAGUGGAAGUGACUUUGCUACCGAACAGAGAGUUGAUAGGAUACCACAGACUUGGGACUUGUUAGUCUGUGACUCAGGAUACUGCUGGAAGCACCCAUGUCUUCACUGUGGAAAUAACCAUGCGGUUGCCACAUCAAAGACAUUUUGGACUUGACUAAUAAUAUAGUCAGCUUAGUUGGAAUCCGGCAUGUACGUUAGUUUCUUCUCACUUUCCCUUUUUUGAUGACACUCGGUCAAACUGCUUCAAUCCUAAUUUUGAGCAGUCUCUAAAAAAUAUUCAGGCACGAAAAUGUGAACUAGAAUAAUUUUAUUUGCUAGCCCUGAUCUUGUUGCUUAAGAAAGUCAUGUUUUUGCAUGUUUUCUCUCAUCAGUUUGCGGACUUGGAUUUUUGGCACCUUAAUUCUAGAUAUUUAAGGAGUGAACAAAUGUUGGAUUCAUUUUGCAUCGCAGUUUUGCAUUCGUUAAUUGUUUGUUUAGUUGACAUGUCAGGUGUGCGUGCCUGCAAUUCACCAGCUUUGUUCUUUCAAAAUUAACAGUGCUAAAACAUUUUAAAGCCAUGUCAUGUCAAUAGUUUAAGAAGAUGAAACUUGUUAAGUUGUUUACUUUGAUUGAUGAAAAGGCUGGACUGAAGAGAUAAUUAAAUUUCAAGCACGCAGUUUCAUGUCUGAUGCCCUUUUCAACAUGGCGGACACGUGGAGAAAGAAUGAGACGCUGCUGAAGUCACUCAAAACUAAGCUGUCACCAAAAGCCUUGAUGCAGAUCCUGUUUGAAUAUUCAUGCAGACGCGCCUUUCACUCUCCAAGUGUAGUGAAGGCAGGUUGCACAGGCUUUUGAAAAUUCGAUUUAAAAAACAAAUGUCAGAAAAAGCGAAUCCAGUGAAUGAAAGCGGAGACCAGUUUUUCCAUGUGUACCGUACGCUGGUGUGAUAUUUUUCCAUGGACAGGCUUUGAUUUCAUUCUAGUGGUUGUUUUUUUUUUUUUUUUUUUAGUGGAAAGUAGCUCAACACUCAUCCCACAUGCUCAUUUUUUUUAUCUUUUGUUCAUGAAGCCUUGUGUUAGCCAAUGCAGAAACUGGAGCAGCCUUAAAUAUAGCAGCGCCUCAAACUUUGGAUCAUUUCUACAGUAGAGGAAGUGGAUUGGGUUUUGUGUGUGUUUGUGUGUUUGUAAGCAUUUGGUUACACAACUUCAGCUGUUGUGAGAAUUUCCACCCACUCACCAAAAGUCCAAGCUGGAGAUCUGUGCUCUGCCUACACCCUUCAGCUCAGAUGGACCUCCAAUCUGAGAAGUGAGGCCGUGGGUCAGGCCAGACAGUAUUUAUCAGAACAAGAAUAACUUCUGAUUUUGCCAUGUGCUUUUGUUCAGCUCCACAUUAUGUGCUUGUUGUUAGAAUUACUGAGAACUUACCUGCCAGUACAUCAGCAUAAUGUGUAUGAAGUCUAAAAGGACAGUUAAAUGUUAUUUGUAGGAGAGUAAGAAAGAGAAGCUUUCACCCAUCGAUACCCACGCAGCUCACAAUUUGUCUUGAAUGGAAUCCUUGAUCAAGAUCGUCGAAAAGACGGCAUUUUUACCAUCACAAAUACAAGUUUAUAAAGAAAUGAAUAAACAAUAAAUGGAUAUUUAACUGUU